AUGUUAUCAUUGGACGGUCUUAUAUUCUCCAUUAGUUUGCUCCACUUCAGCGCUAUAGCCAGCAGCGAUUUAUUGCGUGUCAGUCCAGAUGAACUACAGAAUUUUAAGCAGUGCGUGCGGGAUGCGAAACGUCCACGCUUAAGUGAAUGUCUGGGUCGUUCGGCUCUAAACUUUAUUCAACGCUUCGAUGAGCGUGAGAACGUGAGUUUUGUGGAGGACUUUGUGGCUGUGAAAAGCGAGAAUGCAGCGGCACGUUCUCUGGUAAAUGUGCUGGACACAGACCCUGUGGAUUUCAGGGGCAUAUUGGAGAAUGCGGGCGCAGUGAUGGGUCAGCGCAGUCUCGAGUGGCAUAUGGAUGGCAUAUACCCGGGACUUAUGUUUAAGAUUGGACCCACAGCGGAUGCAAAUAGUGUGGCGGAGUUCGUUUUAGACAAUGGAGUGCAGGAUGAACGACAAUUUGGCUACGAGGAGCCAACAACGGGACGUCUGCUGGCCAAGCAAUACCUGCUUCCUUUCUUGCUCGGACUCAAGUUCAAUUUGGUUGCUCUAGUACCGCUCCUCUUCGCUGGAAUUUGUCUGCUGCUCAAGAAAUCGCUUUUCUUAGUCAAAUUGGCGAUUUACGUAAGCAGUUUUCUUGGUCUAGGUGGCGUUGUGAGCAGCUUGGGUAGUUUUGGCGGUGGCUUUGGAGGGCUAGGCGGACUUGGCGGACUUGGGGGUUUUGGUGGAAUCGGAGGAGGACUGGGAGUCGGCAUUCCCGGUCAUCGACCAAUAGGUCAUUUCCCUGGCAAAACAUCUGUUUAUGGGCACUACGAUGAGCUGCAUUAUCAGCACGAUGUGAAUGACGCUCCGCAGCCUUAUAAACGAAACGAUCGAAAGAUGCGUUUCGAGCAACCCCGCGAAGCCUCAGGGGCAGAGCUAAAGCGACAUACUGAAGACCGCUUUUACGACUUCGAGAACCAGCGACAUCAACCUAACAAAAUGGCUAGCAGCAUGGAGGACAAGACCGUCAUCUCAAAUGCUUUUGUGCAUGGAUUUCAAAACAGCCCUGCCACCAUGAAUGGCUGGCAGGCGGUGGAUGUGUGGCACUGCUUGGGCGCAGAGGCCGAGCGAAUACUGGAUGCGGCAGCAAACGAUAAUAGCACAUGGCAUGUGAGCGAAUUUCUAAGUGUCGAGCCACAACCCGUGGCUGAAAUUGGCGCCCAACGAGGGGCUCGCGCGGACCGGAAUGACAGUGUGGGCGAGAAGCUGAUACAUCUGGUGCAAAGACGAGCUUUACGUAUGCAUGUGCCUCGAGAAACAAUAUCCAAUGCCAUUGAUGACUUUGGAAGCGACCUGGGCUUGGAUCAAGGUCGCAAGAAGAAGGACAAAGAUAAGCACAUGGCAAUGAUGGGCGGCAUGAUAAUGCUUGCGACCCUUGCGCAAAUGUUCCUCGGGAAAGUAAUACUGAUCGCUGGUUCCGCCUUCGUCAUGGCCAAGAUAGCACUGCUCAUCUCGCUGCUGGGCAGUCUAAAAAAGGGAUCAAGUGGACAAACUGGUAGCACGGAUCAUGUCAUCGUAACCAGCGCUGGUAGUAGCCACGGAGGUGGUGGCCACAGUCAUGAAAGCGGCUGGCACCGCAGUAUGCCCACCAACGAUUACUCCUCCGCACACAUGGAGCUCAUCGAGGAGCCCGCCGAGACGGCAAUUGAAAUGCCAACUGCACAUGGACACGCCUACUAUGCCUAUCAGCCCAGCACCAGUGCCGAGCUUUUCCAACGGCGCCAGACAACAAUCGCGCAUUCAAAGAACAAGGGAGCGGCAACAAGUGCUUUUCUCUAG